CUCACACAUAAAUAGAAGAAGAUCUAAGACAUGGGAGCCAAAACAAUUGCAAGUUCUUCCAACCAUGUUUUCACAUUUGCAAUCUUCAUCUUGCUAGCAAUUUCAAGCAUUACUUUAGCAUAUGAUGAUAAUUCUAAAUACACUUCAGAUACUCUCUCAAAUUCCACCAAAACCAAUGAAAACGAAACGAAUACCGAAUUUACAACCUAUAUAACAAAAUCAUGCAAUUCAACCACGUACCCUUCUAUAUGCCACAAAUCUUUAUCUCGAUAUGCUUCAAAAAUUGAAGCAGAUCCAGUAAAACUGUGCAACAUCGCUUUGUCAGUUGCCUUAAAAGCGGCUCAUAAUGCAUCCGCAACUAUAUCAAAACAUCUAAAGAGUGGUGACACUAAUUUGUCAACCACCGUAGAAAAAGUUUUGCAAGAUUGCUCUAGCAAUUUCGAGGAAUCUAUAGAACAAUUGCAAGACUCAAUUGAUGCAAUGAAAAAUUUGGAUGGUGUAUCUGAUAAAGAAUUUCAAAUUAGUAACAUAAAGACUUGGGUUAGUUCUGCCAUCACUAAUGAUCAAACUUGCUAUGAUGAGUUUGAUGAGAUGAAUGUGGACACCACACUUAGGGAUCAAAUUAGAAGCAGAGUUUUGAAUGUGGUUAUGAAGACUAGUAAUGCUUUGUAUUUCAUCAACCAUACCUAUUAAAUGAGGGUAUAAGUUUAUUAAUUGAGGCUUUUCUUUUCUUUUCAUUUUAUUUUCUUUUAACUUUCUUUUCUUUUUGAAAAGGUUUCUUUUGGGUUUGGUAUGUUAAUUUUGAUGGAAUUAAGUGUGUAAUAAGAAAGUAAACUAAAAAUUGUGGA